AUGCGAUUCUUCCUUUUGCUCGUUAUUCUGAUCAACUCUUCUCUGGUUGGUUCGUUUCAGUUGUUCCACAACUUAAAAAAAUAUUAUUAAAAAAAUAUAGUUCAAUGAACGACAUUCAAUUUAAUGAACGAACGGUUUAGUAGCGCUAUAGCCCGCCUCAAAGAAUAACAGAAGAUAUUCACAAUACUUCACAAAAUUCAGAAAAAUAUUCAAAAAAUCAUCGAAGAGCAGAGAAUAAAGCCAGUAUGCACUGUUUGAACAGUAUUGGGGUAAAUAAUAACUGUUUUACUUACGUAAUAAAAAUCAUGGUUUUUGUUUUUAAUUAAAUUUUUGCGCGUUUGGUUGUAGAAAUGCGUCGUUCUGCAACUUCGCGCAUUUUAAUCAGAAAAACUAUCUCAUGCACUGACGGCACGUGUUUGUUGCCAAAAGUGCGCCUACUGCGGGCACGCGCGGGGUCUCUUUUUUAUUUUGCAGCUUUUUAACUAAUAUAAAGGUUAUAAAUUUAAUAUUUUAUCAUGUAUGUUUAUCUCUUAUGAUUUCUCUGCUCCACUUCAGAACAAUCAGAACGCACAACAGUUCGAAAUACCAAAAUUUAACUUGCAAAUUUAUUUUCAUAAAUCUGUUCGAAAUUGCUCGGAACAACUUUAAAACGUGAGCAGGAGCCCUGGGUAUUAGAAAAAUAUAAAAAAUAUUUUUAAAAUGUUUUUUUAAAGCCUCCGGUAUUUGUACAGCUUGCCUCACGUAAAUUGACAAGAGAUUUAUCAUUAGGGCGCGCUAGCUCCCAUCCCUGAGUUCAUUUUUUUCUCUCUUAACUGUGAAUUUUUUUAUUUUUUUAAGUCAUAAAAUUUUUGAGUUUUUUGAUUAGUGAGUGCUAAUUUCGCUGAGCUAUCCAAUUAUCACGAAUUCAUCAAUCCAUGUAUAUUGAAGCUCAAAAAACAAAAUUCAAUUUUUUUCUUUUUAUUUUUUUGGGCGUCCCGACAGUCACUGCUUCUCCAUGUAGGAACAGUACGGCGCCCAGCUUGUCCAUCAACUUUUUUUCAGUUUCAAAGAAAACCUAGUUUCUGUUAACCUAAAUAUAAUUUUUUUAACGUACCAAAGGCGUCACUGAAAAAAACUACUCUCAAAAAUUUGAAACUUUGCGUUAAAAAGAAAAAAAUAUCUGAAGUGUAAAAAAACCCAGUGAACUAGAAUCGAUCAUCUUUGCAGACUCUACAGUGGACAUAGCAUCAGAAAUCAUAAAGAAAUUUGAGAUGACAAAAGAAGAUAACGCCGUAUUCAAAGUAAUUUCCGCGAAUUUAAAAUUUACAGUACUAAUUUUUGUUUUGAAACAGUUUUCUUGUGUUUCGAAGCAAUUUUUAUUUUGUCCGAUAAACAUGCCAUUGAAUUUCGCGAAAUCACUUUAAACCAGGCAUGAAAAAGAUCUCAGGCACUGGUGCGCGCACGCGCGGGGGUACUGAUUCUUUUUUCGUAUUUUCGAUUGAAAUACAGUUUCGAAAUAUAUUUUUUACAUUUUUGUAUUACUACCCAGUGCCCCUGCUCACGUUUAAAAGUUGUUCCGAGCACUUUCGAACAAAUUUAUAAAAAAACAUUGCCAAGUGAAAUUUUGGCAUUUCAAAUUUUUGUGCGUUCUAAUUCUUAUAAACUCGAGCAGAGCAAUUUUAAGAGAUGAACAAACAUGGAAAAUAUGAAAUUCAUAACUUUUUAAUCAGUUAAAAAGCUAAAAAACAGAAGAGACACCCCGCGCGUGCGCGCAGCAGGCUCGCGCACUUUUGGCAACAAACACGCGCCGUCAGUGACUGAGAUAGAAGAAAAAAAAUUACUUAAAGAGGUGUGAAAAAGCGCGCUCCAAUGAUAAAUCUCUUGUCGAUUUACGUGAGGCAAGCUGUACAAAUACCGGCCGGAGGCUGUUUUUUAAUGGAAAAGACGAAAAAUGUAUCAGUACCCCACGCGUGCGCGCACCAAUGUCUGCAUAUUUUGUAAGGUAUAUACCUUUGUGGAUACACUAUAUGGUACCUUUUCGAUUGGCCUAUGGAUUCACCAGUUUUGGGUCAACGGCUUCUUUUUUUUUGUAUUUCAGAGUAAAAAAAAACUAUAACGCACUUUUUCCUUUUUUUUUGUAGUUUACAAUUAAUUUUAUUGCAAUUUGAAUUGAAAUUGAGCACACCAUAAUUUAAUAGGCGAUCUUGAAUCAUCACGGGUAAAAAAUGGAUUCAAACAGCCGAAAAGCCGGUCUUCCUCAUUUCUUGAGAAAGUGCCUGAGAUAUGCAAGAUUUAAAAUUCUGAUCUUUGCUUUUUCGGAAGGAUAUCAGUAUAUUUCGUAAGAAAAUUCUCUGUUUUGGGAUUAUCAAUUUAAGUUCCUUAAGGCUUGAGCUUUAAAAAAAAAACUCGCUCACACAAAAAAAAAAAUGGUUUCUAUUAUUCCAGCUAUCGACACUGGCUCUAUUAAAGUGAAAGUACGUUUCGAGAACAUAUCUGAACAGCGUCAGAAAGAGGUAAGUUGUUGAACUUUUUUUUUGAUCUUCUAGGCGCUCAAGUCCAACUUAUUAUCUCUUUUUUUUGAGAUAUUCCGACAACUGAAGGUACGAGCUUUUAGUAGCCAGAGUGAAACUUACGAAAUCGAAUCCAAAGGACAGGUGAUUUUUUUUAUGAAAAAAAAAAUGCUAUGGCAUCUUCUCAUGGCAGAGCGCUUCUUGAAAAAAAGAGGCUCAUAAGUAAUUAAAAAUGUUCUAAUUAGAAGCUCCGACAAUUUUUAAUAAAAAAAUCACUACUAAUGGCAGUCUCGCCUUUUAAAUGUUUAUUUUAUCGAGUUUUUGGAAAUUUCGGUUUUCUGACACCAACUGGAGCACAGCUAUCAAAUAUUACGCCGAUGCGCCGAAAUUCUUCAAAAUUUUCUAAGUUCUAAGUAUUUCGUUUUUGUCUUUUUUUAACUUUCUUUUUCUAGCUUUUUUUUCAUAUUAUUAGUAUGAAUAAAUACGAUCAGUCCCUUCAAUGUCUGUCAAAAUUCUAAUAAACAUGAAAAAUAUUCAAAGAAGUCAUUUUUUUCGUAGGACGUCGUAUAAAAGAUCAACUUUGGUCAGUUUGCAGGAUACCAGCCAACCUCCUUCAGCCUCGAGAGAACCGCGACUUUACGAAAUAUACUCGUUAAGAGCUCCUAGCCGAAGUCUUUUCUUGAAUGCUCUCAGGCGUUGGAAAUCACCUGAGAAGAGUGAUGAGGAUGAGAAGCCAAAAGACAAAGCGAAAAAAGAUGAGAAGUUGGAGGAUGAAGCAGAGAAAACGGAAACUUUUCUCGACGAUUACAAGCUUUUCUACGAUGGGACUUCUAGAACAUUCAUCCUGAGGUCGAACUCAGGGAAAGUCGUUUCCACUACCCUUCCACCUGACCAAAACUUGACCGAAGUCUUUGCUCAAAACGAGUCGAAUACUACCGAAGAAGAACAAGUCCUCUUGAAGGAGGUGCACGAAGAAGAAAAACCGACUGUAGACGGUCGCGUUGGUCCUGACUUUGAAAUUUUCGGUGAGUUACUUUCAGAGACACUUUGAACGUUCUGAUUUUUCAGAGACGGCCGUCGUGAAAAAAUCGGCGAUCCAAAGGGAACUCGUUCACACUUGGAGCGUCGACAAGCACAUGAUGGAGCGCGAGGAAUUCGCUGUCGACAUCUCGCACGAAGAUUCCGUCGUCUGGAGAGAACGACUCCAGAAUAUCUCCAUUCUGGAGCGUCGCGAGGCCAACGCUCACAGGUCGUUCCUCAGUCAGAACCAUCCCAACUUUGACUUUGCAGAGACUAUGGCAGCAGCUACAUCAUGCCGGUGCUCAACAGUGUCAACUACGAUAACACUACUCUUCCUUUGGCCUUUUCAGGUUACUUUCCGAGAAGUACAUAACUUGAUUCCGUAAGCCAGAUCAAUCACUAUUCAUUAUUUUAAUCAUAGUUUUAUUUUUCAAUAGGGGCAGCGCUAGGACGACUAGUCAUUCAUAAGAAAUUCACGAUCAUUUUUUAUCUUUCACAAUUUUUUAAAGCGUGAUCUCUUAAAUUUUAAACGGUUUUUUCAAUGGCGAACACAAUUUUUAAGAAAAUUGCCUGCGCAAGUUUAUUCUGAUUCACUGGCUUGCUGCCUUCAAUUUUAAACGAGUUUCUCGGUCAGCUUUUUUUCAAAUUUAUAUUAGACUUCUAUUAUUUCAAGAUAUUUUUCAUUUUAGCCACUCCAAUUUGACGCGGCAAUACUAAAAAAGAAAUUUUGUCGAGGAAAUGAGCGAAUUUGCUAUGUGAAUUAGCCUAUAUUCAAACUGCUGCAAUAUAAAAAAUAAAAUUAGUUUCACUAUUCUCUUUGCUAUAACUUAAACUAUAAUAAGAAACAAUUUCGAGUGUUUCAUGAGGAAUUUGUUCAUAAGCGACCUGUGAACCAGUAGUCAAUGUUAAGUUGCUGGUUUCAGACAUUCCGGUGAGUGUUUCCGUCGCAUUCAACGUGCUAUACCUGGCGAACUUCGACAGCCAACUCAUGGAGUUCUCGAUCGAUCUCGAGAUGGAGUUCAGCUGGUUCGACAUGAGGUGAGGAUCGAAUCUGACAACAGCGAAAAUUCGCACCCAGACUGGCCAACAACUACACCAAACCCAUCAGAAUCCGCGAGAAGCCCAUAAUAGACCAGAUCUGGCGGCCCGACCCUUACAUCGUCAACUCCAAGUACUCCUACCUGCACUACGUCUCGUUCCCCAACGUCCGGAUGCGCAUCACUCCGCAAGGACUCGUCACUUACACGAUGCGGGUCUCCUCCGUCUGCAACUGCUUCAUGCGUUUCUGCCUCUACCCGCACGACAGACAGACCUGCGACAUGAAGAUCAGUUCAAGUCCGCGCCAGACUUGCCUUCUUUGCAAACAACUUCUUCAGUUGCCUAUUCUCGCGAGUUCCUUCAGUUCUACUGGCACUCAACUCCAGUCCGUUUCCAGUCGAAAAUCACGUUGCCAGAGCUCCACGUCACCCGAAUUACCACGGAGGGAUGUAGCGUCGAGGGAAAAUUGAGUGGGUUCUGAAGAAGUCUUUUGCUAAAGAAAUCUCAGAACCAAAAUUUCAAACCAGCGCAAAAUCAAUUACUUUUGACAAACUUAUCAAAACCGACCGUUUGGUCAAUAUUCAAACAAAAGUUUCUGAUCGAUAAUAUGAUUGUAUGGAAUUUAACAUUCGACGUUUCAGAAAAAUAAAAAAAAGUUUCAAUUUUUUUUUACAUUUUAAAUUUGAAUAGAAAAAAAACAUUAUUUUCUCACUGUGAAAUGACCUGAUAAAAAUUCUUUUAUCUAUCUUAGUAGCAGAACUCUUUCGAAAAAAAAAAGUUCAAUCAUAUUCCUCGAGCAGUUGAAGAUAAAAUUUUAGUGAAACUAUGGAUACAUAUUAGGUUUCAUUAGUUUUUUUCAGUUUCAAAUUUUGCAUUUGAAAACACUAUUUUGUUAUGCGUUUUUGCAGUCAACUCCUCGUGUCUCCGGAUGGUCUUUGCCCUCGAACGAGACAGUGCGCGAUUCGUCGUGGAGAAGUAACUGAAAGGUCUCGGACCCUUCUUGAUGUUACCGUUUCAGAUACAUUCCUUCAACUUUGGCCAUGAUGUUCGCUUGGGUGGCGCCUUAUGUCCCAUACAACUACGAAGACGUUCGCAUCAUCACGCCUAUCACUGUAGGAGGCCUCCUUUCUGUCAUUCAAACGGAAGCCAAAGUUCUCAAUUCUUGACGAACAAAAAAGCUACUACAAAGCUUUAAAUCAAUCUUCCUUCAUAAAAUGGAUAGGUACACUUCAAAUCAACUGAGGUUUGAAAAAAAGCUUUCUCGUUACAGUCUUUCUAAUUACCGAAAUAAAUUUCUAAUAUCGUCUUCCAAGAAGCCAGAGGAAUUUCGAUUUUGACAUCAAAAUUCAGCAUAGAAGAAAAACGUAGUCAAAGUAAGCUUUAAGGGGCUCAUUCGGGCUUGAAAAUACGAAAUUUUCAUUUAUUAGGAAAUUGGAAAACGACAAAAUUUUCAUCAAGGUCUUCUUUGCUCAUGGUUUUGGAGAGAAUAUUUAAAUCUAAUGUAGGUGCCAAAAGGUUGUUUCGUUGUGGGCGGGAAGAUGACAGAUUUGUAUUGAAUGGAUUGGGCUAAUAAUGAGAAAUGUUUGAGGUUCUUCUGACGCUCGUUCAAAUGGAGAAGGGCGACAAAGAGAUCAGGACGUCGUAUCUGACCUCCAUCGACGUUUGGUUCGCCGCGAUGAAGUCCUUCACAGUGCUGUCCUUGCUGGAGAGCUUGUGUGUGAUGGCGCUCAUAAAAAGGUCGAGAGCCAUGGUCUGACCGGAGGAUCUCUUUUUGUCAAGGCUUAGGAAAUUCAGGACAAGAACGCGCAGAAAGCGGCCAACGAGUUCGAGAAGGCCAUGUGCCAGGCGGAAGGCAGACGGCUCAACCGUCUGUACCAUCGCGUCGACUCCGUUUGUCGCUUUGCCUCGCCCAUCGUCUUCGUCGUUUUUUUCGUCUACUACGUCCUAUUCGUAGCCCAAGGCGCUGACGACUGCCUGCAACUUUGA